AUGCCGCUGAGCACGCGGCAGAUGAAACGGCACACCGACUUUAAAGCUGCAAUGGGAGGGAAUCGAGAGUUGCCACUAUCAGAAAAACAAGUGACCACAUCUGUAAAGGCUGAUGCAUCCACCAGCUUUCUGCGAGCCGCUCGUUCAGGGAACCUGGACAAGGCUCUGGAUCACAUCAAGAAUGGACUCGCCAUCAACAUUGCUAAUCAAAAUGGUCUCAACGGGUUACACCUGGCCUCUAAAGAAGGUCAUGUCAAAAUGGUCCUGGGGCUCCUACAUGCUGGCAUUGAGCUGGAAGCCACCACCAAGAAAGGGAACACCGCUCUCCAUAUCGCUGCGCUGGCAGGGCAGGAGAAAGUGGUGGCUGAGCUUGUCAACUAUGGUGCCAACGUCAAUGCCCAGUCACAUAAAGGGUUCAGUCCUCUCUACAUGGCAGCACAGGAGAAUCACCUAGAGGUAGUCAAAUUCCUGCUAGAGAACGGUGCCAAUCAGAGUCUCCCAACCGAGGAUGGCUUCACCCCCCUGGCAGUAGCCCUCCAGCAGGGCCAUGAAAAUGUUGUGGCACUCCUCAUCAACUAUGGCACCAAGGGCAAGGUCCGCCUCCCUGCGCUGCACAUCGCUGCGCGAAACGACGACACACGCACCGCCGCAGUGCUCCUGCAGAACGACCCCAAUGCUGAUGUUCUCAGCAAGCUGCUGCUGAACAGAGGAGCCAAUGUAAACUUCACCCCCAAGAAUGGCAUCACGCCCCUUCAUAUAGCCUCCAGGAGGGGCAAUGUGAUGAUGGUCAGACUACUCCUAGACAGAGGAGCACAGAUUGAUGCCAUAACUAAGGACGAGCUGACUCCUCUUCACUGUGCAGCCAGGAAUGGCCACGUUCGCAUCCUUGAGAUCCUGCUGGAACACGGUGCUCCCAUCCAAGCUAAAACCAAGGUAGAUGAAUGA